CUGCCCCACCCCCAUCUCUACCCUGAAACCAUCUUCCAGGAUCUUUCAAAUUAUCGCUACUGCUGUGAGCUCAUGUCAUAGCACGGCAUGACAGGGGGAUGCUGUUGAUAUUUGGAAGGGACUUCUCCCCCAGACAGCCUAGGCUGCGUCUCUGUACCUCUGGGAAAGGAGUCAUAAACUCAACACCUAUCUGCUAAGCAACACAGCCAGGCAAGGUCCAAGAGAGAAGGUCCCAGAGAAAGACCUCAGAGGGGCGCCUGGGUGGCUCAGCUGGUGUUUGCUCUUUAUGGACAGAAGCAGGACCAGCCCGAUGCCAAUCUCCCCAACUCGAAGGCUCAACAAGCCCCGGGCCCUGCACACAGCCCCAGGUCAGAGAGGAGAGACCCUCGUGGUGAUUCCGCCUCCGUCUGCAUUUUCCCCACAACAGUGGAUGUGGUCCAGUAACAGGAUCUUCCUCAAGAAAAUGCCUUCGAUCCGGGAAAGCCUGAAGGAGCGAGGCGUGGACGUAGCCAGGCUUGGUGCUGAAUGGAGCCAGUUCACCAAGAGAUUCUCCUUUGGCAACAGCACGUCCCCUGUGGUCCUCACCAACUACCUGGAUACCCAGUACUAUGGCGAGAUCGGCAUUGGCACCCCACCCCAGACCUUCAAAGUCAUCUUCGACACAGGCUCAGCCAACCUCUGGGUGCCCUCCACCAAGUGCAGCCCUCUCUACACAGCAUGUGAGAUUCACAGCCUCUACGACUCUUCGGAAUCCUCCAGCUACAUGGAGAAUGGGACGGCAUUCACCAUCCGCUACGGAUCUGGGAAGGUCAAAGGUUUCCUGAGCCAGGACGAGGUGACUGUGGGCGGAAUCACAGUGACACAGACGUUUGGAGAGGUCACAGAGCUGCCCCUGAUACCCUUCAUGCUGGCCAAGUUUGAUGGGAUUCUGGGCAUGGGCUUCCCUGCACAGGCUGUUGGCGGGGUUACCCCUGUCUUUGACCACAUCCUCUCCCAAGGGGUGCUAAAGGAGGAUGUCUUCUCUGUCUACUACAGCAGGAAUUCCCACUUGCUCGGAGGAGAGGUUGUGUUGGGAGGCAGCGACCCCCAGUAUUACCAAGGGAACUUCCACUACGUGAGCGUCAGCAAGACUGGCUCCUGGCAGAUCAAAAUGAAAGGGGUGUCGGUGAGGUCGGCCACCUUGGUCUGUGAGGAGGGCUGCAUGGUCGUGGUGGAUACUGGCGCAUCCUACAUCUCGGGUCCCACCAGCUCCCUGAGGCUGCUCAUGGAGACCUUGGGGGCCAAGGAGCUGAGCCCAAACGAAUAUGUCGUGAACUGCAAGCAGGUGCCUACACUCCCGGACAUCUCCUUCCACCUUGGAGGCAGAGCCUACACGCUCACCAGCGCGGACUAUGUGUUAAAGGAUUCUUACGGUAAUGAUGGCCUGUGCACUCUGGCCCUCCAUGGUCUGGAUGUCCCACCACCCACUGGGCCUGUCUGGGUCCUGGGCGCCAGCUUCAUCCGCAAAUUCUACACGGAGUUUGAUCGCCAUAACAACCGCAUUGGCUUUGCCUUGGCCCGCUGAGGCCCUCUGCUGCCCCGGUUGGACCCUGCCUUCAGCCCUAGCCUGGAGCUAGAGCACUCUCUUGGACACUCCCCUGCCUGUGCCUGUGCUCUCGUGCAGGGGUGUGGGGUGUAGAGCUCCUCCCAGACGCUCACCCUGCCUCCACCAUCAGCUCUUCCCUGCUUUGA